AUGGCUUUGGACAUUCAUUGUAUAGAAAAUGACCCCCAAAGAAUACUCGGAGUAAAAGAAGAAGUUGUAGUCACUCAAGAAUUAUUUCCUAAUGCAGAUUCUCGGAACUCUAAUGCUUCGAAUAUUUUCUUAGAAAACGAAUCAGUCGGCGAAAAUCGAUGCAUACUGCCAAUACUCGUAGAUGACACGGAAUUUGGAGUAGUGAACGAAGUGGUGGGAGCCGAGGGCUUACGAGUUGGUGCGAGCGUUAUUCCCAAUUCGAAUGUGGAAGAAGAAAUGGUGCGACGUGAAGCUAUUCCUUUACAAAGCAAGAUGCCAUCGUGUUCAGGUCGAGGUCGUCGAGGCCAUAUGCGUUUCCCUACAUCCGAAAACAAUGAUUUUAAUAACGUUAACGAUAGUAUGAACAAUGAAGUUCUUCUUGAAAGCGAUCGUCGGACUACAAUGCACUACAUCAAAUACAUCAAAAGAGACGGUAAAACUUUUAAGUUAUGGGAAUGUGGCAUUUGUAGUAAAGAAUUCAGACAUCAAUAUACUUUAAUGAGACAUCUCCCUACGCAUACUGAUGAACGAAAUUUUAAGUGUGAAACGUGCGGCAAAGGGUUCCGACAAAUGAGCACUCUUUCUCAGCAUAGGGCCAUUCAUAGUGAUGCAAGGCCUUAUGUGUGUGAGGUUUGCACCAAGACAUUCAACAGGGUGUCUACUUUAAUAUCACACAGAAAGACACAUUCAGCUCAUAAGCCACAUAAAUGUCAUGUUUGUGGGAAAGGUUUUCAUCAAAAAGGAAAUUUGAGAAACCAUAUUUUCACUCACACAAAUGAAAGACCUUACAAAUGUGAAGUGUGUUCUAAAGGAUUCAAUCAAAUGUCUAAUCUGAUGUGUCAUAAAGUCAAAGCUCACAGUAAUGGAGAAAGAGUUUUAUACUCUUGCAAUAUUUGUAAACUGGAAUUUCCCCGAAAUGGAGAGAAAAUUGAGAAUUCCAGAAAUUAUAUUCCAAACAAUGUGUCUUUGCAUACACUUAAUAAAAUUGAAGCUGAAGGAAGUUCAAAUGGCCAAGAUACUAAAUCGUAUCCAGGAAUUAUAAUAGAUGCUAUUAAUACUAAAGCAAUGAUGAUUGCUAGAGAGACAGGGCAAACUGCAUUUGCUCUCUUGAAACUUGCAAAAGGUAGUCCAGUUUUAGUAAAAGUUCUUUGUAUAUCUCAUGAGAAACAUAUGCUAAUUCCUGCUUCCGCAGAGGACUUGAAAACUGCUGAUGAAAUCACUAUCUCAUCAAAUUUAGAUGCAGCAAAAAAUGGAUCAGUUCGCGCUUUACACAUUAAAAUUCCAAUAGUAGCUACAGUAAUACAAAAAGCUGAUGCAGAUGGACGAAUAACAAUGCAUGUAGAAUCUCCAGGUUAUAAUCCAGAUGUAAAUCUUUUUGGUGAUUCAAAUGAGGCAAUGCGAAUUGCCAAACAGGGCUCAAGCAUGCAAAUUGCAUCAACUAUUUCUAGCAGGCCUUUCAUGGAUUGUAAUUCUGACAAUUCAAGCUCUGAAAAUAAAAUUGAUGCUCAUUCAUUAGAUCUUAUAAAUAACCAUGUCAACUCUGAUAUUCAGAGAUUCAUGAAUGUUGAAAAUGGUAGUGAUAUACAGUUUAUGUGUUCUUCAGUUAACGGAAUGGAAUAUCAAGUUUUAAGUGCAGAAGAGGCAAUGCAAAUGAUGCAGCAGCCUGUCCAGACAAUAGAAGUUGUUAAUGAUAAUAUUAAUCAUAUUCGACAAAGUCAUGCAAUGCAAGAGAACAACUUACCUGACUUUGUAGAUGAAAUGUGUUCUGACUUUCAGAUGCAUCAAGGAAACAAUCCCAUGAUGAUAACUCAGUCUGACUUGGAUUCAUUAGGAGUAGCUGUCAAUCAGCAGGAUCUUUCCUUUUCUAAUGAUGGCAACUUGUUACCAUGCUAGAACAUAGUUUUAGUUUUAUCUUUGAAAUGAACAUUAUGUAGUUCAACAAGAAAAGAAUGAACACAUCAUUGUUCAGUACACACUUCCAAGUUAAUUGUUUCUCAUGUUCUAGAUGUCUUAGAUUUCUUGUUAUAUAUUGUUAAAUAUUAUUAAAUGAAUUGCAGGAUAUACAGCUGCAUAAAAAAUUGUAUUAAAAAGAAUUAAUUAUAAUUUUUUGUUGCACGAAUUGAUUCAAAGUUAUUUGGUGUUUGAUAUCUAAUAAAUAUUUUAUGUUUCUCAUAAAUUGAAUUGUUAAAGAUUGUACUAAUAUAAAAAUAAAUAAAUGUUACGAAAAAUG